GCUGCUGCCCUGCCAUCGGCUCCCCGCGCGCAGGUCCGCGGGGAGGGGCGGCCUGCCGAAGGGCCCACCCCGGGGCGUUCCUGAAGGGCGCCCUCGGCCGCCCCCGCCGCCCCCCAGAUGUACUAUGCGCUUUCCCAGGCGCGCGUGAACGCGGCCCCCGCGACCAUGCUGCGGCCACAGCGGCCCGGAGACGUGCAGCUCGGGGCCUCCCUGUACGAGUUGGUGGGCUACCGGCAGCCGCCCUCCGCCUCCUCCUCCUCCUCCUCCACGUCCUCCUCCUCCACGGCGACCCCCCUCCUCCCCAAGGCGGCGCGCGAGAAGCCCGAGGCGCCCGCCGAGCCGCUGGGCGCGGGAGCGGGGCCCGGCGCGCACGCGGGCGGCGGCUCCCGGGCGGACGCCAAAGAGGAGCAUCAACAGCAGCUGCGGCGCAAGAUCAACAGCCGCGAGCGGAAGCGCAUGCAGGACCUGAACCUGGCCAUGGACGCGCUGCGCGAGGUCAUCCUGCCCUACUCGGCGGCUCACUGCCAGGGCGCGCCCGGCCGCAAGCUCUCCAAGAUCGCCACGCUGCUGCUCGCCCGCAACUACAUCCUGCUGCUGGGCAGCUCGCUGCAGGAGCUGCGCCGCGCGCUGGGCGAGGGCGCCGGACCUGCGGCGCCGCGCCUGCUGCUGGCCGGCCUGCCGCUGCUGGCCGCCGCGCCCGGCUCCGUGCUGCUGGCGCCUGGCGCCGUGGGGCCUCCCGACGCGCUGCGCCCCGCCAAGUACCUGUCGCUGGCGCUCGACGAGCCGCCGUGCGGCCAGUUCGCGCUCCCCGGCGGCGGCGCGGGCGGCGGCGCGGGCGGCCCGGGCCUCUGUACCUGCGCGGUCUGCAAGUUCCCGCACCUCGUCCCCGCCGGCUUGGGCCUGGCCGCGGUGCAGGCGCAGUUUUCCAAGUGAGGGCCCGCGCGGGCCGGGUGCGCGACCUAGGCCCGGCCUCCCGCCUCCCCGCUUUCUCCGUGCCCGCGCGCCCUGCACUCGGGGAAGGCUAGCCAAGCACGGAGGGCACGUCCAACCUUCCGGCCCGGAGGAAGGGACCGUGGGGCGCCCCCUUCCCCGCCUCCACCCCGGGGAAAUGAAAGUGACGCGAGCGGAUGUUCGACGGAGCGUCGGGGGCCGUUGGGGGUUCUGAGUGGAUUCCCGCUGCUUUGGGCAGCAAAUGUGCGGUUCCAAGCCCACUCUUGCCCAGCUCCCGUCUCUCCUGCUUCCUCGAGUCGCGCGCUUCGCGGGGGUGGUGCGGAUUUUAGCGCACGGCGCGGUGGCUUUGCCUUGCUCUGGGUGCGGCGGUAGGACCGUCCUAGCGCCACGGCUCCAGGAGGCGACACCUGCCCAAUCAGGGGCCAAGUGGCUGCUCUCCGCGGGCAGGAAAGGGUUCUUUUCCUUCUCCCCAGCCAGAGGUCACAGACACCCUUGUUCCCACCGGCCAAUCCCUGUCAAAGGAGGCUGCCCGACCUCAGGAAGACGAGAAAGACCAAUUAGUCCGCGCAGAUGGUCCGGGGCUUAGCAGACGGACUGACCCUCGGCGGCGGCGGGACGGUUGGCCUCGCGGUGCCGCGGGAGGUGUAGAUAACUCCAGCGUCCUUGGAUGUGCUGGGUUGGGAAGUCGGUCCGCUUUUACACUGUGGCUGUUAGAGUGCAAUUUUUGAGAAUCGCAAAGCAGGUGUUUUGUUGCAAAGAUUAUUCGCUUUUAAAUCCUGGGGUCUUCUUAAAAAGACAGCUUAGAACUUGAGAUUCACCAUUUUGUUUCCUCUUCCCCAAAGGUAGCGUAACCAACAUUUGAGCUUGCUUAAAAACAAAAACCAACCCCUUUUGACGCAGGUGGUGUUCUCGGUUUACUAAAAUAGGUAACAGGGCACUUCGCAGUCGCCGCCAGUCUUGUCUGAAAGCACGAUCGCUAAUUAACUUUCUCAUUAAAAGACGCAGAGGAGGACCUGAGCCCCCAACCCCCCCGGAGGCUCGGCGGGUCCCCGCUGCGGUGGCGACGGCGGGAUGGCAUUUUCUGCGCUGCCCCUUUGCACGAGGGGUCUUUGCCCAGGGCUAGCUCUGGGCAGGUCUUCCCGCAGCUUUACGUUUGAAGAACUGCCUGGAUGACCGGUCUUGAUUUGUUACAGUCGUUCACAAAUGACUCCACCCGAGAUAAUUUUAUGAUCUUUCGGCAGCUUGCUUUGAAGUCUCUGUUUAAGGUUUUUGGUUGUUGGUAGUAGCCGAAUUUAACUGGCAUUUUCUUUUAUCUCUAACUCUGUUUGGUUGCUCUCCGAAGAAUCAACAAAAUAAAACAUUUAAAG